GAGAGAGAGAGAGAGACAGAGAGAGAGAGACAGAGAGAGAGAGAGACAGAGAGAGAGAGAGAGAGAGAGAGAGAAUACACAUAUUUGACAUAUUUUUCCAAUGUUUUAUUGUUAUUUUCUAUUUUAGGUUUGUUAAUUCAUAUAUAUGAUGUUUAUUGUUAUGCACCAAAACACUAAAGCAAAUUCCUACUAUAAGAACACCUACUUAACCUUGAUUAAAGAGAGGAAUAUUGCACUUUUUCCUCUACUAAAUCUAUUUUAUAAUUUAGUUAGUUACUUUUUUAAUUAAGAUAUUGGACAUAAAACAUGAUUAGCUUUGACAAUAUGAUGCAGUGUCAAGGGUUAAACUACAGCACUUUUGCCAUUCCUACAUUUGGGUGCUGAUACUUUCCACCCUUUGUAAGUGUGUAAUACACUUAAUUAUUAUAUUGUAAUUAUCUAUAACUUCUGCAACACCACAAUCUUAUACGGUGGAAUUUGUUUACAUUUACAUUUACUUUGUAUAUAGGCUCUUAUUAUCUACUAAAACCUAACAGACAUAAUAUGUAUUAAAGUGUAUUUUAAUACUUCCAGGGCAUUAUUGUAAUACAUAAUAACAUUUGUGGGACAUAUAACAGAAUAAAGUAUUAUAAGAAUGAUAUAUGCUCUAUAAAAUGAGAACACAAUGUGCCGUCUAGAAGCUGGUGUUUAUGAUCAUCUUAUAAAAUAUGAUGUAUGUAUUUAUAAUUGCUGCUUUAUUCCACAUUAAUAAUAAUCCAAAAAUGUAAAUUAGAACCUGAUAGAAGUAAUAAUGUCAUCCCACAACUGAUUUGUACAUUAUAGUGCUACUUUUUCUAGAGUAAAAGAUCAAAAUACGACUGCACAUAACUGGAUAAUGGUCUAAAAGCAAUUAUUAAAAAGUAUUUUAUUACUAUUAAAGGUUGAGAAUAAGCACCAAGCUGUUACAUAAAAGUAUAAGCAGAUGUUGCUCCUUUAGAAUAAAUCAUAGAAAAACAUGAUACAGAACAUUUCGGCCUACACUUUACAUCUUUAUCCUCGUGUAUUAUCAACAAACCAUUACCUUUUUCAUAUGCUGCCACUUUUUCAUUAGUUUAAUGGGCCUUGAAACAUUUCCUUUUGGGUUGUUAACUCAACACUAAUUCUUUAGGAAAAAGUGAAACUCAAUUCACUCUCCACAUUUAUUACAGUGCGGCUUAUCAGUAGUCACCUGUGUAUGUGUGUUUCAUUAAUGCUUUAAUGUGCUGGAACUAAAAUGUUUUUCUUGCUCACUUUCCUGCUAUGACAUAUAUUAAUGUUGUGGAAACUCCAUAAAAGCCCAUUUUCUGAAGGCACAGCGCCAGGGUAAGUAGCUUAAGAGUGUCUCGUUGCCUGUUUUAAAGAUAUAUCUCCAUUUAAAGGUAAGAAAAUACACUAAAAAAAUGAUUUCAUGAAGUUGCUCACACAUUUGAUUUAAGCUUGUUUAUGUCUACUCUUCCUCUUGGUCUUUUAGACUUUAGAUUAGGGAAUUAUAAAGAUGUUAGUUUUUGAUCAGCUCUCGUUUAAUUAAAACAUUUCUGUGUGUUUUGCUUCAGGGUUCAUCAUGAAGGUGCUGUCUGAAGUUUUAGUUGUCUGUCUGCUCGGAGUGCUGCAUGCAAAUGCUCAACCUGAAGACAUAGGUCUCAGUGAAGACGAGCAGCAUGUUGGGAGAAGAUACGCCGAGUCGACCGUUGGCAGCGAAAUCAGCAAAAUCAUGGAUUCACUGGUGCAGAAGAACUUUGUCGACUUCUUGCUCAACCAAAGGGAGAAAAAAAGCAAGCCUGCUGCCCCUUCAGAGGAAGAGCCAGAGGAACGUCUGUACAACGAGCUGCUGAAGCUCAGUCACCACAAGAGAAACAUCUAGGCUCCAGCAAGCUGCUGCGAUGCUGCUAAAGCCCACAAUUCUUCUGAUGAUUCCUUCUGAUGUUUUUAAAAGCUUCGAUGAUGUGAAAUCUUGUGUAUGAUGAAUGUUUGUCCUGUGGUAAAGUAAAUAAAGUGAC